AUGGAACCCAAAUCAUACGAGUAUGCGUCUGAGAGAGUGAGAUCUGAUAAAGAAAUGGCUCUGAGAAUACUUGAAUUGCAUCCCUCUCUAUAUGUUCAUUUUCAUUCUUCAUUGUUAAGUCAUAGAGAUAUUCAAAUGAAAAUUAUUCAGUUUAAUCCUACACACUACUAUUGUUUACCAAAGGGGUUCAAAUAUGAUAAGGAAUUUAUUGUAAAUGCAUUGAACUAUUCUGAUGGCCGUGGAAUGAUUAUUGCUGAAAAUAUUCCAGUAGAAUUGCAUUCGAAUGAAGAUGUCAUUAAUGCCAUGAUUGGUGCUGGGAUAGUUCAAUAUUUGGAUAAGUCCAAGUUGACCAGAGAUCAAAUUUUACAAUGCGUAAAGGCAGAUGGAACAACAAUUGGAUUUUUUGAUGAUUAUAUGGAAGAUGUGGAAAUAUUGAAAUGUGCCCUCAAACAAACUCCUUUUGCUUUAGAAUUCAUCCCAAAAAAGUAUCAAACACUGGACAUCAUUUUAGAACUUCUUGAAAUUUAUCCAGAUAUUCUCAAGCACAUUCCAACAGAAUUUAAAAAACUUGAUUGUGUUAUUGAAACAGUCAUUCGUUCCCCAAAUUUCAAAGCUCACACCAUUUCACACCUUCCAGAUAAUUACACAUACUCGAGUGAGGAAAUUUUACUGACCUUACUGCUAAAAUCGAAUGCUAAUGCCAUCAUGAAAAUUUCUCCAACUCAACUCCUUACUCUUCCCAAAUCCAACAUUAUUUCAUGUCUCAGAUUAAAUGGUAAAAUCUUUCCAGAUCUUCCUCCACAACUACAGCAAGAUCCCCAUCUUCUCAAAACAGCAAUCAAGCACGGAUACAGACCACCUCGUAAAUAA